AUGCGAAGCUCCUCCAUCGCCGUGCCGGCUCUGCUGGUCGCCGCCGCCGACCACGCCGCCGCCUUCUUCCCCAACACCACGGCCCCGGUCAACGGCUCUGAGCCCUGUGCCGCCGUUGGUGCUGCCUGGGCUGCCCAGCACGCAACUGCCCCAACUGUCACGCCGACUGUACCGGCCCAACUGGCGCAUGCCUGCCUCAACUCGGUCCCCUUGGGAAAGGAGGCCGCCAUUGAGCUUGUGGACUCUUUGUACCCUUACCUAGAGUGGCAGAGUGAUGCCGCUUACAAGGCGGACCCCCCGGCCGGCUACGACUUCCCGGGCUACGACCUCUUCGCGGCCCUCUCCAACAUCAGAGAGAACCUCGUCAACGAUGUCUACCCCGGCGAGUACGCCUUCCAGUCCGCGCUUUACGAAGAGGUCUUCGGUCCCGGCCACGACGGCCACUUCGUCUACUACCCCGACCUGCUCACGGCCGUCUUCGAAUGGACUCGCGAGCGGGCUCUGGUGUCCAUCAGCGAGAACGGCUCUUCCUUGCCUGUGAUCAAGAUCUAUGAGGAAGUCAUCUCGACGCCCGAGACGGCGUCUGCGGUGAAGCUCAUCAACGGCAUCGACGCCGCCAAGUAUUUGGAGGACACCGUCAACAAGGCCAACUGGAAUCGCGAUGCCAACUCGGCUUACAACUCCAUGUUCUUCGAGAAGUCUGGCGUGGCCGCUGGCGGCGGAAAAGGCUACUUCAGCUCCGGCGGUCGUGUUCGCUACAUCUACCAGGGACCCAACACGACAAUCACAUUCGAGAACGGCACCGAGGUCGCGUUCGAGAACCACGCCCGCGUCAAGAAGGACCUCACCGGCGUCGUUGACGGCCCGUCCUUUUACGCCAAGUUCUGCAACCCGCAGAGCCCGGCGUCCAAGACCCCAGCCGGUACCAUCACCCCGAACGCCACCGCCCCGGCCCCCGUUCUGCCGGGCUACCCGGCCCCGGUCAUCGUGACCAGUGACGGCGUCGUCUCCGGCUACUUCCUCGAGGGCGAAGGCUUCGAGGACGUCGCCGUCGUCGCCCUCACGGCCUUUGAGAGCGCCAGCCCCGCCGAGUUCCAACAGGUCACGCGGGACUUCUACGCGGCCGCCCUCGCCGCCGGCAAGACGAAGCUCGUCAUCGACUUCCAGCAGAACGGCGGCGGCUACAUCCUCCAGGGCUACGACUUCUUCCGUCAGCUCUUCCCGGACGCCGUGCAGGAUGGCUUCUCCCGCUGGAAGGAGAGCGACGGCUUCGUCGCCGCCGCCGAGAUCAUCUCGGACCUCGUCGCGGACCUGGACCUCGCCACCAGUAACGACGGCGACCUGAUCAGUCUCGCCGAGAGCUGGUUCAACUGGCGCUACGACUACAACCUCACCAACCAGCCCUUCACCUCCUUCGCCGACAAGUUCGCGCCCCGCGUCUUCCAGAACACGUCGUACACCGCCCUGAUGCGCUGGAACCUCGACGAUCCCUUGACCACCUCCAACGCCACUUUCGGCCUCGGUGUCGAGAUCAACGGCUACGGUAACCUCACCGGUCUCCCGCAGCCCUUUGAGCCCGAGAACAUCGUCAUCCUCUACGACGGCGUUUGUGCUUCCACCUGCACUCUGGCCUCCGAGUUCCUCCGCCUCCACGGCGGCGUCAAGUCCGUCGCCUUCGGCGGCCUCCCCGUCGAAGGGCCGAUCGAGGGCGUCGGCGGCAUCAAGGGCUCUCAGGUGCUCGACUGGAGCAACAUCUACUCCUACACCACCUUCCUCCUGCCCUACGCCUCGACCGACGCGCAAAAGACCGCCUUCGCCCGCUACGACGACCUGCCCCUGAACCGCAGCCUCGCCGCCGCCGUGAACGUCCGCGACCAGGUCCUCCGCGGCAACGUCGACGACGGCAUCCCCGCCCAGUUCGUCCGCGAGGACGCCGACUGCCGCCUGUACUGGACGCUUCCCAUGAUCACGGACGUCGCCGAGGUCUGGAAGGCGACUGCGGCGGCGGCCUUCAACGGCGGCAAGUGCGCGUACGGCGGCAUCGCGAAGAGGGACGUGUCCGACAGGGCCGAGGUCACGCGCAGGAAUUACCUGGCCGCCUCACGUCUGCAGGAGCGUGAUGCGGUCGUCCGCCGCGACGCGCCGGUGGUUACGGACCGCUUCUGGCAGGACAAGUACAUGUUGAAGGCAAUUGACUAA